AUGCGCGGACCAACAAAGGGCAGGGGCAAGGUACAAGACGUGCAGGUCGUCAUUAACACCGGAGGUGGUUUGAAGCUCUUUGUCGUACACACCAGUAAUCAAGGUUCUGGCGGGGCAGCGGCCGCCGGGCCAAAUGGAGGAGGAGGGUGCGCCACCAGCGCCCCGACCGAAGCGCACAACAACCCACCGAAUGCGUGCGCCGAAGCUGCCUAUGCCGGGUGCCACGACACUUUGAAAUGGCUUCGUACACACGGCUGCCCAUGGGAUGUAAGGACAUGUGGAUCUGCCGCAGCUGGCGGAUUCUUGGACAUCCUUCAGUCGGCAGUUGCUCAAGGAUGCCCCCUGGACGGCGAAUCCUGUUACUUGGCCGCUUGCAGAGGAGAUCUGCUCAUGCUUAAGUGGCUCCGGGAUAACGACUGCCCUUGGGACCUCGAAGACGGGGGUCCAUGCGCCGGGGCUGCACUUGGCGGCCAUCUUGAAGUGCUAGUGUGGGCGAGGCGUAAUGGAUGUCCAUGGAACGCGCGGACCUGCGCAGCGGCAGCGGAUGGUGGGCACCUGGAAGUGUUGCAGUGGGCCCGACGAGUGCGAGUGGGACCAUGA